AUGCUUCUAGAUCACGAGGCGCACAAGCGCGCUAACGUCAACGCGCAAGGCGGGCAAUUCGGCAACGCGCUACAUGCUACUUCAUCUAAAGGACAUCAGGAAAUUAUACAAAUACUACUAGAAAGGGGCGCCGACGUCAAUGAACAAGACGACGGCGACUACGCUGCUAAUUUGGCGCUCGGAAAACGGUCGAGCCUGCCCGAAGCAUUGUUUCAAACAAUUAUUCGAAGGCUCGAGGACAAAAACUCCGACGUCCGACGGGCAGCUAUUAUAUUCCUCAAAAAACAGGAGAUUCAAGGAGGAGUUCAUCUUUUAAAUCUCCGAAAGAGUUCUGGCUUGGAUGGUGAUUGGGCCUUACUACUUGAAAAACUUACAGACUCAGGCUAUACACCGGAGCGAAAAACCAGAAGAAUAGUCGAGGAAUUCGAGGAGCAAUUUCAUUCUCGAACCAACAGAAUUGGUAAUUCGAUAUCACUAGAUGAAAAGAUGGCUCUUUGGCGCGACGCAAUAUCAGCCAGUCCCAUAGAUCACAGGAUUAUGGAUAUGUUUGAAGACAGUUACGGCACUCCUGCAACAGAGAAUUUAUCAGGAAGUCGAAAGUUUAGCAUGGAAAGUCUCUCAAUUCUUCAAGCAGUUCCUCUAGUAACAAUCCGAUUAGUCCGGGCGAACAUAUUGAAGGGGCAGCCGAAACCGAGGUGUCGGACGAAUACAGCUUGCUCGGACCAAGACAUGUCAGUCGUAAAGCCCCUCCAGAGCCGUACGUGGCACGCUUCGGCAUCGCCUGGGAUCCUUGGGACUUUCACAGCAAUGAAGGUUAUAGUGAAAGCCUACAGGAAGUACUUGCGAGGGCAUUUACCCUUACGAGAUGUGACGUGGCCGCAGACCGGCCAAAGCCUCAUCAAGAUUCUGCAAUACGCUGUCAAAGAUAAUCCAGACAUCUUGCAUACUCUCUUCCUCCUCGAUGGUAUACAUCUUACUGUACAGCGCUGUCAUAAUUUCUUAACGAUCCAAGUCAAGGGCAACCAGUUUGCUAUAGUAGAAGUAGGUGAACAAAUGGGAUGGAUUUCAACAGCGCUUCGAUCUUCUUCUCAGGACGACAGUAUUGCUGCUUUUCGCCUAAUUAUUCAGUCUUGUGAAUUACGGGAUAGCUUGCAAAAGGACAAAGAAACAUCUCAUCGCCCGGACACUUGCGUAGAUUUACGAUCACUCCAAACAAACAGGCCAUAUACCGCUUGGUUCGGACAUAUCCGGAGAUUGCUGGAUGACGUUAUUACGCACUCCUAUUCUCGUUCAAGGGUUUCCGAUCUUGAAAAGAAGCGAACCGCAGCUUGGUAUCGAAAUCCCAACCGACGCGUUGCCCUGCGGCACGUCGGAUCAUCUCACCGCUCCCUUAGAACGGAUCUAACACGAACAUUACUCCCAGGAUAUACAGGAGAAUAUGGUGGUACUCAUUGUGGCUUUGACGAAGCGCGAUAG